AUGGGAUGUAGCCUACGCCAGCUCGCUUGGAUUCGAAUGAUGUCUGGUGACGAGGUGGAUCGUGUGCGUGCUUCUUGCACGCUCGGAGGAGGCAUAUUGAGUGCAAAUAUCGGUGACGACGCAUGUCUUACCGUACGCACUUGGGCCUCAGGUGGCAGUCACGAUUCUGAUGACUACGCGAAGGCCAAGUGCUCGAUCUCAAGACAGGUCCAUGUAUACUGA